AUGACGCCGCUCCUCGUCCUUGGCCGCGCCAGGCUCUCCUUCCUACUGCGCCAGCCCUUCGGCUGCACCAGUUCUUUCUUCUCCGUGCAGGAUCUGUGUGCGUCUGCGCCAUUGUUGCUGUUGCUGGCGACUGUCCUUGGCAGCAGUGCACGAUGGGCGAUGGCCUCAUCUGCUUGCCUGCGAUGCUCUGCGGCAGCACCCCAGUGCCGCCUCGUGGGCGGCGUGGCGGGCGGCCAGCUGUCACUGCUGCCUUCCCUCUCGAUGAGCCUCGCCUCGCUCCUCUUCUACUCGAGCCUCGUCUCGUGUGCCUCCUCGUGGGCGGCGUGGCGGGCGGCCAGCUGUCACUGCUGCCUUCCCUCUCGAGUAAGCCUCGCCUCGCUCCUCUUCUACUCGAGCCUCGUCUCGUGUGCCUCCUCGUGGGCGGCGUGGCGGGCGGCCAGCUGUCACUGCUGCCUUCCCUCUCGAGUGAGCCUCGCCUCGCUCCUCUUCUACUCGAGCCUCGUCUCGUGUGCCGCCUCGUGGGCGACAUGGCGAGUGAGCCUCAGCUCGCUCCUCUUCUACUCGAGCCUCGUCUCGUGUGCCGCCUCGUGGGCGGCGUGGCGGGCGGCCAGCUGUCACUGCUGCCUUCCCUCUCGAGUGAGCCUCGCCUCGCUCCUCUUCUACUCGAGCCUCGUCUCGUGUGCCGCCUCGUGGGCGGCGUGGCGGGCGGCCAGCUGUCACUGCUGCCUUCCCUCUCGAGUGAGCCUCGCCUCGCUCCUCUUCUACUCGAGCCUCGUCUCGUGUGCCGCCUCGUGGGCGACAUGGCGAGUGAGCCUCAGCUUGCUCCUCUUCUACUCGAGCCUCGUCUCGUGUGCCGCCUCGUGGGCGGCGUGGCGGGCGGCCAGCUGUCACUGCUGCCUUCCCUCUCGAGUGAGCCUCGCCUCGCUCCUCCUCUACUCGAGCCUCGUCUCGUGUGCCUCCUCGUGGGCGACAUGGCGAGUGAGCCUCGCCUCGCUCCUCUUCUACUCGAGUCUCGUCUCGUGUGCCGCCUCGUGGGCGGCGUGGCGGGCGGCCAGCUGUCACUGCUGCCUUCCCUCUCGAGUGAGCCUCGCCUCGCUCCUCUUCUACUCGAGCCUCGUCUCGUGUGCCGCCUCGUGGGCGGCGUGGCGGGCGGCCAGCUGUCACUGCUGCCUUCCCUCUCGAGUGAGCCUCGCCUCGCUCCUCUUCUACUCGAGCAUCGUCUCGUGUGCCGCCUCGUGGGCGGCGGCGUGGCGGGCGGCCAGCUGUCACUGCUGCCUUCCCUCUCGAGUGAGCCUCGCCUCGCUCCUCUUCUACUCGAGCCUCGUCUCGUGUGCCGCCUCGUGGGCGGCGUGGCGGGCGGCCAGCUGUCACUGCUGCCUUCCCUCUCGAGUGAGCCUCGCCUCGCUCCUCUUCUACUCGAGCCUCGUCUCGUGUGCCGCCUCGUGGGCGACAUGGCGAGUGAGCCUCAGCUCGCUCCUCUUCUACUCGAGCCUCGUCUCGUGUGCCGCCUCGUGGGCGGCGUGGCGGGCGGCCAGCUGUCACUGCUGCAUUCCCUCUCGAGUGAGCCUCGCCUCGCUCCUCUUCUACUCGAGCCUCGUCUCGUGUGCCGCCUCGUGGGCGACAUGGCGAGUGAGCCUCGCCUCGCUCCUCUUCUACUCGAGUCUCGUCUCGUGUGCCGCCUCGUGGGCGGCGUGGCGGGCGGCCAGCUGUCACUGCUGCCUUCCCUCUCGAGUGAGCCUCGCCUCGCUCCUCUUCUACUCGAGCCUCGUCUCGUGUGCCGCCUCGUGGGCGACAUGGCGAGUGAGCCUCGCCUCGCUCCUCUUCUACUCAGCCUCGUCUCUGAGCCUCGCCUCGCUCCUCUUCUACUCGAGCCUCGUCUCGUGUGCCGCCUCGUGGGCGGCGUGGCGAGUGAGCCUCGCCUCGCUCCUCUUCUGCUCGAGUCUCGUCUCGUGUGCCUCCUCGUGA